AGAUACCUAGAGUAACUCCUCGGUGCAGAAAUUCCACACGUCGGACUUCCCCGCAUUUUUUAUAACCGAGAUUCUGAACUGUUACCUUUACAUUAUAAGAGCUCAGCAUCCAUGGCUAAAACUAUGAGUGUUAUUCUUCUGUAAAAGUUCCACAUAGAGGCGUGAUCAAACAUGCAGUACCUCCCAGAAAAAGACUACGACAUCCCGAACAUCGACCUCCUAACCCUGAUAUUUGAUUCCCCCCUUUCCUUAACAACAGAGACAACCAUUCUCCACGCCGAAGCCGCAAACCCAACAAACAGUAUCAACAAAGCCCAAGCCCGAACCAUCACCAAGCGCUUCGCACACGUCUUCCGCGCCCACUUCAGAAUCGGAAACCACGGUGCCGGAAAAGACACAGUCCUCUGCAUCUCGUCAAACCAAAUCCUUCUCCCAACGCUAUUCUACGCAGUAAUCGCCGCAGGAGGGGUAUACACCGCCGCAUCAACAGCCCUAACGCACCCCGAACUAUCAAGACAGAUCCAACUGUCCAAAGCCCAACUAAUCAUAACAAGCAGAGACAACCAAGAAAAGGCCCUAAAAGCAGCCCAAACAUGCGGGAUCCUUAGUGAAAGAGUGCUGGUCCUCGAGAGCUCUCCCCACCAUGUACUCCGUGAUACCGUUAACCCGGAGAAAAAUUACCUGCAGGGCACUACAGAACUAGACUGGGAGCGAGUGACGGAUGGAGCCGAGCUAGAAACAAGACUCAUCUGCCUUCUGUAUUCAAGUGGCACGACCGGGCCUCCGAAAGGGGUCAUGCUAUCGCACAUGAACCUUGUUUCUGAGGCGAUUCUCCCACAACUGGUGCUGCGGGAGUCGAAGAAAGGGAUGCCGCAUCUAGAUGUUCCCUACCGGACUAUUGGCCAUCUUCCUACUGCACAUAUUGCUGGAUGCCAGGGGUAUUUUGUCACGCCUGCUGUUGCUGGGGGUACGGUUUACUGGAUGUCGAGGUUCGAUGUUGAUGAGUUUACGGAGUAUUGUAAAAGGUAUAGGGUUACGUUUUUGGCUACUGCACCACCAGUGUAUCUGGCUAUUGCAGAGAGUUCGCGGGUGACAGAUCAUUUUGAGAGUCUUGUCCGGGCAGAAUCGGGAGCGGCGCCGUUAAGCUCGGAGGUCCAGCGACGGGCUGAGGAGAAGUUGGGUUGUUCUAUCAGUCAGCGGUGGGGAUUGACUGAGACCACGGGGAGUGUGACGACAAUGCCUUGGGGUCAGGCGGAUAGUACGGGGGGUAUUAGUCCUUUGCUUCCGAAUACGAGGCUCCGUAUUUUGGACGAUCAGCAUAGGGAUGUUGAGCAAGGCAUGGAAGGAGAGAUUCUAGUCAAAGGACCCAUGGUUACCCAGGGCUAUUUUGAGUACCCCGAAGCCACUGCCGCAGCUUUUACGCACAGUGGGUGGUUUCGUACAGGCGAUAUUGGGGUCUGGAAGCAUGGGAAGAUCUACAUGGUGGAUAGAAAGAAGGAACUUAUCAAGUAUAAGGGACUCCAGGUCUCUCCGGUGGAGGUAGAGGAGUGCCUCCUUGGCCAUGAGUGCGUGGCUGAUACUGCUGUCAUUGGAAUCCCAGACCCAUCAGCACCCGGGAACGAACUUCCUCGAGCAUACGUCGUAGUAGAGAACAAUAGAAACAUCUCAGAGAACGAACUAAAAGCCUACGUCAAGUCCAAUCUUGCGCAUCAUAAGCAACUUCGGGGAGGCGUGGAGUUUAUAAAAGUGAUUCCAAAAAGCUCGUCUGGAAAGAUACUUCGAAGACUGCUAAGAGACCAAGCAAGGAAGGAAAAACCGCUCUGA